AUGGGUCCUCAUAACUCUGUUUGCACCCGAGCUCGCGUACUUCGAAAUAUACAGAAAGAAAGCCAGGCUUAUAACUGGAAGCCUGAUGCAGACUUCGAAAUUAACCUGAAAUAUGCUUUCUGCAUUGUCAUGGGAGCAGUCCGCUUCGACGUCCAUGACAUACUUUCACUCAGCGAUCUUGACGAAAUUCAUCGCGACUACUUUCAAAACAAUGGUCAUCGGAGACGCUCCGUUCGACCUGGCCCUGCAGCGAUCAUUAAGCUUGCUGAAGGUGGUCACUGGAUACAGAUUCCAAAUCAAGAUAUCGACGACAAGAGUAAAGCAGACAUAAUCCAAAAGACACUCGUAGUAAUACAGGUUCUCUGGAUGGUCACACAAUGUAUAGCAAGGCGCAUAUACGAUCUACCACUGUCUCUUCUCGAAGUUCAUACAAUUGUCCAUGUCGUCUGUGCCAUUUUACUCUAUGCUUGCUGGUUUGAGAAACCACUGAAUAUCCAGGAAGCAAUGGUGAUCCCAACACAAGACUUCAAAAACGAUCUUGCUGUCAUGCUACAGCCAAGUUUCUACAGUGAGGUGUCGUGUAAGAUGGCAUUAUUUGCACCCAAGACGGACGACGAUGCUGUACCCCCCACCGACGUUGAUGGGUUACCUAUGCAGUGGGUAGAGCCUCAAGCGGGACUAACAAUGUACGAGGGUAACAUAUUACCCUCAGGACUUGCGCUGUCCAAGUCCAAAAUUAAGAAACCCUGGCCCUCAGAAAUCUACUACAUUGAUCCACAGGGCGAAUCAACAGGUGCCUCAAUUCUAUUGGAGCAUGAGUUUCUGGCGCGCUGGGAAGCCAUCCUUAACACUUUAUCUUCCGUAGAUCGAGGGAUGCUGGCUCGAGGGUCCAAAAAGAUUAUAAUGCAGAGGAUCGACAAACGAGAAGAGCCGCAUGAUAGCUCUUCCGACCGAAAGGUCUUGUUCCUUCCACUCUUGGAGGAAUUGGAACCAAAGUUGGUUAGCGACUGGCAGAAGCUAUUCUGGGAUGGGGAGUCAAUCCUCCAUCUAGAAUGGGUAGAUAUUACUGAGACGGAAGACAUCAGAACUUUGAAAGAGUCAGUUACCAGACUGGACAUGGACAUCUUUUCCUUGAGAUUUAUGGUACUUGCUAUGGUUUUGUCUGGCUUGUAUGGCGGCGUUCAUUUGACUAUUUGGGGUCAAGCCUUUCCUUCAUACGUGGAAGAGCUUAUGUGGAAGCAAUUCGCUUGGUCGCGUUUCGCAUUAGAAGCUAUGGUGUCAAUUGCUACAGAAUGA